ACCCCGUUUUGUGCAAAUCGAGGUGCUUGCACGGAAGUCAUGUUUCAGAGCCAGAAGACACAGGUGGCUUGAUGCUGUGAUAGUGAGCGUGGAUGUGUGCGUGCCAGGACUCUGCUUCUGCUGCUGGAGCUGUGACAUUAUGAUAGAGACCGGGUUUGCAUAGGCACAGUCCGAAAAGUCAGCAGAACAAAGUGACUUGAGUUGGACAGGUGAAAGUCGGGGGAUGGGGACAUUACCGGUGGAUGUUAAGAGACUUUUGAACGACUGUGAACUGUUUAUAUCAGAGAUCCUUCAAAAUGAGGAGCUCGGUGAAACCGCCCAGGAGGCGCGGAAAGUGUUGCUGAACAACUUUACAGUCGUCCAUGUCAGAAACCUUCAGGAAUUCCCCUUCCCAUCGGACGUCAGGGAGGACGAGGGUUCUGAUGACAACCGCAGCUCCAGCCUGGGUCGCUCUCUCCCGUCAGACGACGCCUCGGACUUCCAGGACGACGCCGGCCCUGACAACUUCAGUGACAUCCCUCCUGUGGCGGCUCAGGACCUCAACAACAUCUUGAAACAAGGCUACAUGGAGAAGAAACGAAGAGAUCACAGCUUCUUUGGCUCCGAGUGGCAGAAGAGGUGGUGCGUCCUGAACAACUCAAUAUUCUACUACUUUCGCGGUGAAAAAGACAAACAGCAGAACGGCUCCUUCUACAUCAACGGGUACAGUGUGCAGCUGGUGACCAACCUGAGGAAAGACUCCAAGAGAAACGCCUGCUUCGAACUCGUGGGCCCUGGACGACGAGCUUUUCAGUUCACCGCCAGCAGCCCCCAGGAGGCCAGGGAGUGGGUCGACCAGAUCAAAUUUGUCCUUACAGAUCUCAGCUCCAACUUCAUCCCCUUUGACGACGAGGAGGAGGAGGAGGAGGAGGAAGAGCCCUAUGAUGACAUUGAUGGGGUGACCCUCCCUCCCCCGCCGGGGCCCGGUGCUGCCCACGCCUCUCGGAGCGCCGCGCUGGGCGCAGGGCGGGAGACGGGGGAGGUUGAUGAAGAGGACGAGGACAUCUACGAGGUGCUGCCAGAAGAGGAGUUUCUGGAUCCAGAUGAGAGCAGCGACAACCUCGGCAAAAAAGCUUGGUCAUCAGAUUACGCUAACUACUACCAGUGUCUGUGGGACUGCCAGGCCGACGAGCCCGACGAGCUGGGCUUCGAGAGAGGAGACCUCAUCUACGUGGUUAGCAAGGAGUACAACAUUCACGGCUGGUGGGUCGGCGAGCUGAACGGCGCCCUGGGAAUCGUCCCCAAGGACUUCCUGCACCCCGCCUACAUCCUGUGAGCUGCCCCAGGUACGAGCUUCCCUCUUAUCAUCAGCGUUAUGGACCAUUACUGGGGCCUGAUGCACAGGAGCUGUCCCCUGGUGCUCGUCCAGAUUGCCAUUGAGGUACAUUCAGUCGUUGACCUGCCGUUUAUGGCAUCUGCUGGCGGGAGGAGGUACUGCACAGAGCAAUCUGAAUAUGAGCAGCAGGAGCACGACUACAGUGUCAGACGUGGUAUUUAAGAACAUUACUCCCUGAUACUGUGAGAAAGGCGCAUCUUAAAAUGAAUUCUGAAUUAUUGAUGCAUCUGAUAAGUGUGUUUUUCUUUUGUUUGUGUUUUUACUACAGAGAUGCUGCUGACAGGCCUCUCGGAUCAUCUCAUGAAAGUUCAAUAUUCUCUCUGAUACAGACUGUAAAUUAUUAUUCUCUCUCAUACAAAUUAAAAUCUCUUUGUCAAUCUGCUGCGGUUUGGGUCAUUUCUUUCAGAGCUCAAACCUAAGUGAAAAGAUCCUUCGUGCCAAAUGAGGGAAGAAGCAGUUAAUUCAUCCGUUUGUCAAUAAAUACUAAUAAUUUUAGUUAUUAAGAAAAAUGAUAAAAUAUGUUUUUGUUCCAGCUUCUCAAAUUUGAAGUGUAAUUAUUAUAAAUGAUAAAUAUUUGGCUUCUAGACUUAAACAAAUUAUGGGGAAAAGGAGAAUUUCCAGAUUAUUUCCUUGUAUUUUAUAAACUAAACUUUACCCAUUUAUUAGAGAAUAAUUUGACAAUAAAAACAAAUAAUUUAGCAGCAGCCCCCAGUUAUGAACUGAAUGAUUAUUUUUCGUCCGAUAUGAUUCUGACGUUUAUUGAUUCACUGGUUGAAAAUGUAGAUUGAGUGAAUUUAAUUUAUUUGUUUUUUCCAUCACUGAUAUUCAUUAAAUAAAAUCCACAUUUGUUUUGUGUGAUGUGAAUUAUUUUUAAACUAAAUACUGUAUGAGAAAUAAAAGAAAUCUCAGAUGUCAAGUA